AUGGUAAAUAUUAUUGAAACUGAGGUGUUGAGCAUGUUAGGACUUCGAUGGCAACCAUCUAUAGAUAGUAUUCGGUUUGCAAUGAAAGAUUGGGCUCCUCCUCAACACAUAACUAAGCGCACUCUCCUAUCAGAUAUAAACAGUGUCUAUGAUCCGCUUGGACUAUUGUCAUCAAUUUUAAUCAAAGGCAAGAUCUUUAUCCAGCAAGUAUGGAGUCUUAAAGUAGGUUGGGAUGACACUUUAUCGGAAGAGAUAAGAUCAAAAUGGUUAAAAUUUUAUUCAAGUUUGUUUGCACUCAAUGAAUUGAUUAUACCAAGACUAGCAUUACUAACUGAGUCUGACAGUUAUGAACUUCAUGGUUUCUGUGACGCAUCUCAGCAUGCCUACGGUGCUUGCAUUUACAUUCGGUCUAGUAAUCAAAAUGGCAAUGCAGAAGUUAAGUUAUACACGGCUAGAUCUCGGGUUGCGCCAAUCAAAACCACCACUAUUCCUCGUCUUGAGCUGUGCGGCGCAUUACUACUAUCGGAAUUGAAAAUACACAUUCUUUGGACCGAUUCAACUAUUGUUCUUGCAUGGUUACGUAGUCUAAAACCACUUCAAGUUUAUGUUGUCAACAGAGUUGCACAGAUAAGUGAGCUCUCGUGUGAAGUUCAAUGGCGUCAUACACCUACAGCUGAUAAUCCUGCAGACCUCAUAUCCAGAGGAGUUGAUGUUCAAACUAUGAUCUCAUCUGAGCUAUGGUGGCAUGGGCCAAAGUGGCUCAAGGAAGAAAAGUCCUGUUGGCCUGACACACCAAUGUUGCCAUUAGAGUUACCAGAACUACGCAAAAUCAAAUUAAUUUUAUCAACUACAAAUAAAGAACCUUUCUGGGCUAUUGCAGAAAUGUUCAACUUGGUCUAA